AUGUUUAAAUGUGAUUCAGAUCAAAAUGAAGUAUUCAGAAGAGUUGGCAUAGGUGUACUCACCAACGCAUUUGCUGGCUAUAAUGCCUGCAUAUUUGCUUAUGGACAAACAGGUUCAGGUAAAAGUUACACAAUGAUGGGUACCACAGAGAGUCCCGGUAUAAUUCCGCGCUUAUGCAGUUCAAUUUUUGAGAAAAUUAACGAAUUGUCAUCUGAGAGCUUAGCGUUUAAGGUGGAAGUUUCCUAUCUGGAGAUUUAUAAUGAAAAAGUACGCGAUCUUUUGGAUCCUAGAAAAAUGAGUAAAAAUUUGAAAGUUCGCGAACACAAAAUUCUCGGUCCAACGGUAGAUGGCUUGUCUGUACUGGCUGUUUCAUCCUUUGAACAAAUUGCAUCGUUAAUGGAGGAAGGGAAUAAAUCUCGGACAGUCGCUGCCACAAAUAUGAACACUGAAAGUAGUCGAUCUCAUGCAUUUACGGGUGAAAAAAUGAGCAAAAUAUCGUUAGUGGAUUUGGCUGGAAGUGAACGUGCACAAAAAAGUGGUGCUGUGGGCAAAAGACUGGAAGAAGGCGGAAGUAUCAACAAAUCCUUAACAACACUUGGAAUGGUAAUUUCUGCCUUGUCAGAAAGUUCGCUUCCUAUGGCUACAUCUAAACCCAAAUUUAUACCGUACAGAGAUUCAGUAUUAACCUGGUUAUUGAAAGACAGUUUGGGUGGUAAUAGCCGGACAGUAAUGAUUGCCACAAUAUCGCCAGCUGCUGACAAUUACGAAGAAACUUUAUCUACUCUAAGAUAUGCUGACAGAGCUAAAAAAAUUGUUAACCAUGCUGUAAUUAACGAAGAUCCUAAUGCUAAAGUUAUACGUGAAUUACGUGAAGAGGUAGAAACUUUACGAGCGCAAAUUUUACAGACCGUAAAGGAACACAAUGAAACGGAGGAAUUACGUGAGCGAUUAUCGGAAUCGGAACGAUUGGUGGAACUUAUGAAUAAAUCAUGGGAUGAAAGGUUGAAAGAUACAGAAGCCAUUUACAAAGAAAGACAGAAGGAUUUGGCGGAAAUCGGUAUUUCGGUAGCUGGGUCAGGAAUAAAAGUGGAAAAAGACCGUUUUUAUUUGGUUAACUUGAAUGCUGACCCUUCGCUCAAUGAACUAUUAGUAUACUAUAUUAAUCACCGUGCCAUAAUUGGGAAUACGGAACAUCAAGUGCAGGGCGGUACAGGAUUAGACCAAAAAGUUGACUUUGUAUUGCAAGGACUUGGUGUUCAACAACGCCAUGCAUUGUUGGAAAUUGUGGAAGAAAAUGGGCAACAGCGAUUAUUCAUUGAGCGAAUUGAUGAAAAGGCCAGAAUUUGUGUGAAUGGGCGUCUGAUAUUAGAACGUACACGUCUUCGUAACGGUUAUCGUCUUCUGAUUGGCAAUAAUCAUUUUUUCCGUGUAAACUGCCCUAAAGAAACGAUUGACAUCAAUGUUUCGUUUAUGGAAGAAUCAAAUGCAAUACUAUUUGAUUAUAAUGAUGCCUGGCAAGAAGUCAAUUCUCGUGUGAAUGCGAAUUCAAUCACUGUAGCUGUAGAUCAGUACAUGGAACAGAUCACAAAGAAGCAUGAGGAAGAAAAACAAGCAGCCCUAGAGCAGCAGUAUGAGGCAUUCGAAAAAUUUAUCCAAGGAUUGACACAAAGUUUUACACCUUCUACACCAAUGACACCAAGUAUUGGUUAUUUGACUCCGAUGGGAACACCUGGAAGUCAAUUCCCGUCCAUUGCUUUUCCACCCAAUCCAAAAACAAGUGUCAGAUCAAAAUUUUUCAAUUGGGCUCAGAAAAGAGAGGAAAUGUUCAAAGAAAAUUUGGCCCGUCUAAAAAGUGAUAUCGUACGUGCGAAUGCUUUAGCACGUGAAGCUAAUAUGAUUACUAGCGAGCUAUCGCCUUGUCGACGUCCUGUUACUUACGAUGUUACUUUGCAAAUACCAGCAUCAAACUUGAGACCGUCUAAAAUUAAAGAUGGAGCAUUUGUUUGUGAACCAUUUAUUGUUGUUAAGCGAGCAGGAAUUGAUGGUCAUCAGCUGUGGUCAACAGCUCAGCUAGAAAACAAAUUAAUUGAUAUGCGAGAAAUGUAUAAUGAAAUAAUUACAGGAGUUGAGAGAAAUGAUGCGUGCAAGUCAGAACAAGUGGUUGCUAGUCAAUUUGUGGAGGAUAGUUUCGAUAUGGAUCAGCGUUAUAGCCCAAUGGUUGAAAAUGCGCUGGAAAGUCAAGAACAUCACAGUCUAAUAGGUGUGGCUAAUGUAUUUCUGGAAGUACUUUUUCACGAUAUGAGGCUCGAUUAUCAAGUUCCAAUUAUCAGUCAACAGGGUGAGGUCAGUGGUCGGUUACAUGUUGAAGUGUAUCGAGUAUUAGAUAUGGUAGAUUCAGGUAUUGUUAGCAGUUCGGACUCUUUAGACUCCAAUAAUCGAACGAUGGAUUUACAGUCAAUCGGUACUGCUUUUCUGGGAAAAAUGAUCAAAUGCAGAGUGCGCAUUAAAAAAGCAUCUAAUCUACCUUCAUCUCUGUCACAUUUUGUAUUCUGUCAGUAUUCAUUCUUUAAUAUUAACGAAAUAUUGGUGGUGGCUCCCACAUUUGAUCCGAAUUCUGUACCAUCCAAUCAUGUGCACAUUCCUUAUAGUUCUAAUUUCCAAUUCGAUCAUGAAAAGGAUUUCUGUGUGAUUGUCACUGAUGAGUUUCUGGAAUAUGUUCAAGAGGAUGCUCUAUCAAUUGAGGUUUGGGGACAUCGAAGUAGCGGUUUUGAUAAUGAUUCCGCGCAGUCUGCAGGAAAAAGUAGCACUAUCGAUGUUGAACAAAGUUACAAAACGCUGCAGGAACGAUGGGCUGAAGUAACAAGACGCAUUGAACUUCACGUCGAUAUCAAGGAAAUAAAUGACAGUGGUCAAUAUGUGUCAGUCGAAGUUCAUCCUUCACGGGAUAUAUUUACGGGUGGUAUAUAUCAACUAAAACAAGGUCAGCAACGGCGCAUAGUCGUUAAAGUUUCACCAGUAGCAGAACACGGCAAUUUACCUGUAGCAUUUGCUCAAAUUACCUCAGUUUCCAUUGGAAGUAUUUGUACAAGACUUCUGCUUGCUGUUGUUAUUAUCAGGAACCUAGUGAUGCAGAAGCCCUUAGAUAGUUACCAGGAAAAGGAUUUAGAACGGAUUAGAGAGCAGUGGACACGGGCCUUGGCAAAUAGACAGGAUUACCUUGUGAGCCAUAUCAAUGCAUUAUCAUCAAAAGGAACGAAAAAAACAGAGACGGAAAAUGAACGUGAACAAUCGCUGAUUAAUCAGUGGGUUGCUCUAACUGAAGAACGCAAUGCAGUUAGUGUGCCAGCUGCUAACAGUGACAUUCCAGGAGCUCCAGCAGAAUGGUCACCUCCGCCAGGAGUAGAAAGGCAUAUUCCAGUUUUAUUUCUCGACUUGAACUCUGAUGAUGUGACCGAAGAAAUUCCAUCAGAUGAUGGCAAUAUUCGAAUAGCCGGCUUCCACGCCUAUCUACCAAAAGAACAUUCUGGAGGAAUGGUCAUGCUCCCUAUGUUGGAACAUAGCGUUGGUGAAGUAUCUGCCACUUGUUCAUGGGACAGUUCUCUGCAUGAACAUCUAGGCCUCAACAAGCCUACUGAGGGUUCUGAUAACAUCUACGCUAUUGUAAAAGUUACGUUACGUUUAUCACGUCCUUGUGAAAUUGACAUGGUUUUACGGAAACGAGUUUGUAUGCAUGUAUAUAAGAAAACGGGAUUCACUGGACGAUUAAUCAGAAAACUGGUUGGGACCGAUUCCAUAACUGGCACAUCAGUAUAUUACGAUGUUGUAGCUCAUAUUCCUAAGGUAUUUUAUUUACUUAUUUUUUUGAGCGCAAACUUUCAGUCAUCAUUCGAUGUUGAAAAUCGUGCGUCUUUGGCACGAAUGGCAGCACAGCAGUCUUUAAAUACCGAUGAUGAGUUAUCAACUUGCUCUAACAGCAAAGAGCACAAAGAAAAUUAUAUCGAAGCAUACACAAAAAGCAUUCAAGUAGUAGAAAGUAUGCUAAAAUUGGAUCGACUUCGUCAAGAAGUUGCAAUUAGUAGUAUGCUUAACAGACAUGAGCGACUGAAUCGGCUGAAUGCGUUGACUAGCGCAACACCAAAUUAUUGCAUGAAACGAGCUUCCAGUUUGCCUAGCACAACUGAAAAACCUGUAAAUAUUUUUAAUUCUAAGUCUUAG